CCAUGAUUUAAACCUCACAAUACCCAUUCUUAUGGAAGGAUUUUAAAACACUUAAGAAGCCACAAAAGAAUAAAGAUUCACUCAGGGAGACCAAUUUGGGUUAAGAUGGUUGAAGAGGCUCCACGAGUGCUAUGAAGGAUUGGUACUUGGUACGAAGUCAAGUGGGUAAAACAAGGAUAAAACGGACUUGAAACAUGGAAUGAGAAUUUCAAGAGCGGAGCUACUGGGGAGUAGUAGUUGAAUGAAGUAGAGAGUCUUGGGUUGGAGGAUAGGGAGGUAAGUGGAGGGAGACUCUAUUGUCCACACAGAUAAUUUUAAAAGAGAAAUAACCCCAAUUAGCCUCCUCUUGAAUAUAUAUUUUACUGUUCUCCACAAUCUAUUAAAUAUGGUACUAUUAUUUUGAAGUGCUCUUUCUACCCUAGUUAAAGAACUAUGUAUGACUGUAUGGAGAGCCAGACUAAAAACAGACACUGAGAGAGCAAGAACUGGAAAGAUUUUAUAAUCAUGAAACAUUAUCACUUAGUGCAGAAAGCAAAAAAAAAAAAAAAAAAAAGAGCUAGAAAGAAAGGGAGAGAUAUACUUAUUUUAUCUGUAGGGCCCAACCCAGGAUAAGGAAAUAAAAACAUGGCUGAGAAAUCUAGAGAUAUUUGAGAUAGAGGACACACUGAAGAAAUGUGAGAAAGAAGAUGAGGUAUACCUGAACUGCCAAGUUAAAAAUAUAUGUAAAGGAGAAACCUGGAGUAUGUUGCAAUAACAUUUUCUCCAUUGGGAGAAACCUAUAUCUCUGAGAUAUGCCUUAAGAGGGUCCAUGGGACCUCUAACUACAAGAGAUCAAGACAACACAGACUCUCCUCUGCAGUGAACCAGCAGAAAUUGGAGAGCCGAACAAUUUUAAGACUGAUAAAGUAAGUUAGUAUUGAGAGAAAUCGAUUUAUGGCCUGAUCUUGAUUUUUUAAUUUUCUGUGCCAAAGUCUUGCCUCUUUAACAGAAAUCCAGUCCCCAUCCAAUCCCAUGAAAACACACACAACACAUCCCAUGGGAAUGCAGAAGGAAGAAAAUGAAUCACAUGGGAAAUGGAUUCAUUGGUUCAACUACUGAUAAGACAAUAGCACACUCUUUAAUUCUCUCUGGGGAGAAUGUGAUUAGUUGUAUUACCACAGAGUUCUGUCCCCUGAAUCAUUAUUUUUGUCUGUGGGGAGUGAAUUGUAGUCAAAAUAUGAUAGAAAAAGCCCCGACUUUCACAAGCAAGUCUAUCAUAAGGUUCAGGAGGGGUCUAUAGCUAGGCUUCACUUCCCAAUGAGGAGAAUCGAUCCCAGCUCAUAUAUUUUUUCUUCCUUUUGUUGAGGUUCCUCUAAGCCCAAGGCUAUGUUCAAAGAAAUGACCACAGAUUAACUUUACUGUUAAUUUUAUCAUGCUUUGCAAGAACAGAGAAACGUAUCCAUGGAGUUUUCUGCUCAUUCUGUGCACUGAAGAUCCAAUGUGUAGCUGGAGUGGACACUUAGAGAAUACUUCAUUUCAGCAUGAUUUUAAAAUAAAGAUGGAUCUCAAUGUGUCAGGAAAAAAAUGUGACGAAAGUAAAGAACAGCCCUAGGUCACCUUGUGUCUUUGAGUGAAGGCGCCAUCCAUCCUCUCGUGGCCCUUGGUCUCCCUCUGCUGGCUGCACAGACCCAGGACCCUGCAGGAAGAGCUCCCUAGGUGGAAUUGACCAACUGGUGCUCCACCUGAUGCACCCCUGGCCCUGCUCAGGAUCCCUUCCAACAGCAUAGGCUGCUGCCAUGGUAACAGCUCUGACUUUCCUGUACUGGAUGCGAUCUUGCUUUUCUCUGCCAUAGGAGCAUGGGAGGCAACCAGACAUGGAUCACAGAAGUCACCCUGCUGGGAUUCCAGGUUGGCCCAGUACUAGAGUUUUUCCUAUUUGGACUUUUCUCUCUUUUCUAUACGCUCACUCUUCUGGGAAAUGGGGUAAUCCUUGGGAUUAUCUGCCUGGAAUCUAAACUUCACACCCCCAUGUACUUCUUCCUCUCACACCUGGCCAUCCUGGACAUGUCCUAUGCUUCCAACAAUGUCCCCAAAAUGUUGGCAAACCUACUAAACCAAAAAAGAACCAUCGCCUUUGUUCCAUGCAUAAUGCAGACUUUCUUGUAUUUGGUGUUUGCUGCUACGGAGUGCCUGAUUUUGGUGGUGAUGUCCUAUGACCGGUAUGUGGCCAUCUGCCACCCCCUACAUUACACUGUGAUCAUGAGCUGGAGAGUGUGCCUUGUCCUGGCCGUCACUUCCUGGGUGUUCAGCUUCCUCUUGGCUCUGGUCCAUUUAGUUCUCAUCCUGAGGCUGCCCUUCUGUGGGCCUCAUGAAGUCAACCACUUCUUCUGUGAAAUCCUGUCUGUCCUCAAGCUGGCCUGUGCUGACACCCGGCUCAACCAAGUGGUCAUCUUCGCAGCCUGCGUGUUCAUCCUGGUGGGGCCCCUCUGCCUGGUGCUGGUCUCCUACUCGCGCAUCCUGCUGGCCAUCCUGAGCAUCCAGGCCGGGGAGGGCCGCAGAAAGGCCUUCUCCACCUGCUCCUCCCACCUCUGCGUGGUCGGGCUCUUCUUUGGCAGCGCCAUCGUCAUGUACAUGGCCCCCAAGUCCCGCCAUCCUGAGGAGCAGCAGAAGGUCCUUUCCCUGUUUUACAGCCUUUUCAACCCCAUGCUGAACCCCCUGAUCUACAGCCUGAGGAACGCAGAGGUCAAGGGUGCCCUGAGGAGAGCGCUGAGGAAGGAGGGGCCCAUGUGACAGAUGGAUUCAGUAAUGAAAAAUGUUGAGAAUUUUGUACAUCUUUAGAGGAUAUGAGGCACAGGUAAAUGUAAAUUCUCAGCCAGGCCGAUCUGGAGUUGGAAAAGUCAUAUGGGUCUUUCAGAAAUACUGUGUUACUACACACUGUGCUUAUCCAGUAGCCUUGCUGUGUAAGCUUGAAGGGGUGGUGCAGCAGAAUCACAGGCCUCUUCCUCAGAAGAGACUCCAGGACUGUGAAAGAAUACAUCUCUAUUGUUUUAAGCCACCAUAUGUGUGGUAAUUUUUCACACCAGCCCUACAUAACUAAUAUAGUGUCUUAUACAUGGUUUGAAUUGAUGCUUCUAAGAAGACAAUUUCAGAGUAAUAGCUCUUUGGAGAAACUGCUUCAUGUGAAAGUAAAAUAACCUAAGAAAUAAUGUCUAAGAUAGACAUAGCAGUACUAUGAUCUUUUGUAAACUAUCAAGUCUAAGACAAGGAUAAAUUCCAUGAAUAAUAUAUCUUUGAGAACAAUGGCUUGAGGAAAGAAAGACAAAAUCGUAGGUUGUUUAAUUUUUAUACAUACGACUAUAUUUGGGAGGGUUCUAUACAAAUAUGCAUUAAGGUUGUGGCAUUGAUUUUUGCUACAAUUCGAGUGGUCUUGUAGUAUGCAAAGUUCAGAAUAGUAGCAUCACUAUUACAAAAUUAUAGUGAGACACAGUUAGACACAAUAAACAAUGACUGAAACAUAUUUAAUCUCUGAACAUAUAGGAUCACAUUGUUGAAGAUAAUUCAACUUACUGUUACUCAAUAAA